AUGGAGGAGGAUAAAGCGGGGAAGAUUAAACUCACCUCCUGCUUCGUGGCGGUCGGGGUAAUUUUAACGGUGGUCGCGGUCAGCACCGAUCACUGGGCUGUGCUCAGCCCCAGGCUCGAAAUGUCCAACGCCACUUGCGAGGAGGCGCAUUUUGGGCUUUGGAGACUUUGCACCAAGCGUACCUUUAUGAUCACGGUGGAUCCCGAGGGCGGGGGCUGUGGGACCGCAACUCUUCCCGGAGAAUAUAACUGCACGUAUUUCAAACACUUCACAUCAGGAGAAAAUGCAGAGAUGUUCCAAAUUACCACUCAGAAAGAGUACAGCAUAUCAGCAGCAGCCAUUGCCAUCAUCAGUGUGGGGUUUAUGAUGCUGGGCACAUUCUGCACCCUCCUAUCCUUCAGCAAGAGACUGGAUUAUUUCUUGAAACCAGCUGGCAUGUUCUUCAUCUUCUCAGGCCUAUGCAUUAUAAUCUCUGCGGAAGUCAUGCGGCAGUCAGUGAAACGGAUGAUAGACAGCAAGGAGACCAUUUGGACCCAAUAUGAAUAUUCUUGGUCCUUUGCCUGUGCCUGCGCUGCCUUUGUCAUCCUCUUCCUUGGUGGGAUCACCCUCCUCCUGAUCUCUCUGCCACGCAUGCCCCAAAACCCAUGGGAGACAUGCAUGGAUGCACCUCCGGAGCAGUGAAAAAGCAGAGGAACAUCAACACUUUGUUACAACGGGUUUACAGGCAGGGAUAAGGCUCCCAAAUUCUGGAGAAGAUUGUGAUGGGGCUUCAAGGCGAUAUGUGGUAUCAGAGUUUAUUUCUAAAAAAAAAGUGACAUAAAUUAUAUAUAUCUGAUUAACAGCUUAUACAUUUUUAAAUAAAAUGAGAAAAGGAAACUGAAAUAAAAGCAGAAAAUAUUCAGGAGGUCAGCUAGCCAAUCUGACCUGCAGAGUGUUUCCAGCAUUUUCUAUUCACAUUUUUAAUUUCAGUUUUCUAAUAUUUGCAGUAUUUUGCUUUGUAAAACGUAAAUUAAGAUUGCUAGAUAAUGCUAAAAUUCCAAAAUAAAAUCAGAAAAUGUUAAUUAUUGGGAGGUUAAUUUGCCAGGUUGGUCAAAGCCUAAACCUUUCAGAUGGCUGAUGCAAGUUUUCAGUGUUAUUUAAUCAAUGCUUUUCUUUAUCAGUGGUAAAGACUCAGAAAAAGUUGUUCUCCGAAUGUGCGCACUAAUAAAACACACAUUUGGUGAUGAAUCUUUGGAGGUGGAAGGUGCAAUAGGUAUCUGUUGUGGCUAUACUGUUUGGCAGAUUGUCCAUUUCCAGAUCUCAGUGUUCGAUUCACUUGAAUGUAAUUGUCUGAUUCACAAAAGUGAAGGGAAAAACGGGGUCACUUCAGCAGAUCUCACUGUUAGAUUCUCACAACUGCAGACCAAACAUUAAGGCUUUGAACAGCCUAUCUGAAUAGCUUUGAAGUUCAAGAAAUUCAGAUUUGCACAACAUCUAAUUUUCCUUAGAGUCUCUCUCUCAUAUACCCCUCCAGAUUAAUGGUUCUCAAGAAAUUUAUUUCUUAAAACAAUUUGCUGCAGGUUUUGUUUAAUGAGUAUAAAUACCCGUAUUUAUUAUUGUACUUCGAAAAACAGAUUAAAUUGCAAAUCAAAAAGUCUGCUCAACCUCACAGUAAAGCUUCACUCUGCUCAGUGUACUGUGUUGAUAUUUGUAAUUGACUGAUUUGGGAAAUUAACUGCAAUAAUCCAAUCCACAGGGUGAAAUAUAAAUAAAAACACCACACAUUGGAUGUAUCAUAAUCACCAAGUAAAUGGACUAUUUGAUAUCGUAAAACCACUUUUACACAGGAGUUUGGUAGAUAUGAAUUAUCUCUUUCACCUCCAUUGUUGCAAUGUUUUAUUAUUUCACUGUCCUUUGAGUUGCUGCAUUUUCACUGCAUGAUAGACUCUUUGUAUUAAAUAUGCACAAACAUACUGAACCACCAACGGUGUUCCUCCUAGUCAGGCAAGAUCCAAUGAGAAUGAUGGAAGAUAUCUGGGCCUGCUGUUAUUCCUGCUCAUGUUCAGCAUGCUCCAGGUACAAGUUGUGCAAGAAGCACUAAAUGGUUAGCAUGAUGUGUCAUUGAGAAACCUGGUCAGACCCCACUUGGAGUACUGUGCUCAGUUCUGGUCGCGUCACUAUU